UUUGGACUUGGGGCAGAGUGUCCAGAAGACUGGUGUGUGGCCUACAGAAGAGGAGGACGUGGCUGGGCAUCAGGGCUGGGCUUUCAGGACUGGUGUAAGAUCAGGUUUGCUGCAGGCUUCAUGACUUCUCCACGUUUCAUUUCAGGCAGCUAUGGACACGAGGCUGUGCUGAGAGAAGUGGGGCAUGGCUGCGGCCCUACAGGUCUUGCCUUGUCUCCUCCGAGCCCCGUCCCGUCCACUCCUCUGGGGGCCCCCAGUGGCCCGGAUGACCAGUGGUAUGGCCUUGGCAGAACAGGCACGGCAGCUGUUUGAUAGUGCAGUGGGUGCUGUGCAGCCAGGCCCCAUGCUGCAGAGGACACUGUCCCUGGAUCCUAGUGGCAGACAGCUGAAGGUGCGGGACCGGACCUUCCAGCUGCGGGAAAAUCUCUACCUAGUGGGCUUCGGCAAGGCCGUACUGGGCAUGGCAGCUGCGGCCGAGGAGCUGCUGGCUCAGCAUCUUGUGCAGGGUGUGAUCAGCGUACCCAAGGGGAUCCAAGCCGCUAUGGAACAUGCUGGAAAGCAAGAGAUGCUGCUGAAGCCACACAGCCGCAUCCAGGUGUUUGAGGGUGCCGAGGACAACUUACCGGAUCGGGAUGCACUCCGGGCUGCGCUGACCAUCCAGCAGCUGGCAGAGGGGCUCACUGCAGACGACCUGCUGCUGGUGCUCAUCUCAGGUGGGGGCUCAGCCCUGCUGCCUGCUCCUAUCCCACCUGUCACGCUGGAGGAGAAACAGAUGCUCACCAAGCUGCUGGCAGCCCGAGGAGCCACGAUCCAGGAGCUAAACACCAUCCGCAAGGCCCUGUCGCAGCUGAAGGGUGGAGGGUUGGCUCAGGCUGCCUAUCCUGCUCAGGUGAUAAGUCUCAUCUUGUCAGAUGUGAUUGGGGACCCUUUGGAGGUGAUUGCCAGUGGCCCUACGGUGGCCAGCGCCCACAGUGUGCAAGACUGCCUGCAUAUUCUAAACCACUAUGGCCUCCGUGCUGCUCUUCCCCGCUCUGUGAAGACUGUGCUCUCCCGAGCUGACUCUGACCCCCAUGGACCACACACCUGUGGCCACGUCCUCAAUGUGAUCAUCGGCUCUAACUCUCUGGCGCUGGCUGAGGCUCAGAGGCAAGCCGAGGUGCUGGGCUACCAUGCUAUGGUGUUGAGCACAGCCAUGCAGGGUGAUGUAAAAAGAGUGGCUCGGUUCUACGGGCUGCUAGCCCGGGUGGCUGCAGCCCAUCUCACUCCAUCCUUGGCUGAGCAUCCCUUGGAGGAGGAGGCGGAACUCCAUCAGCUGGCAGCUGAGCUCCAGCUCCCGGACCUGCAGCUGGAGGAGGCUCUGGAAGCGGUAGCAAAGGCUAAAGGGCCGGUCUGUCUCCUGGCUGGUGGUGAGCCCACGGUGCAGCUGCAGGGAUCUGGCAAGGGCGGUCGGAACCAAGAACUGGCCCUGCAUGUGGGAGUGGAGCUGGGAAGGCAGCCACUGGGGCCUAUUGAUGUGCUAUUUUUGAGUGGAGGCACUGAUGGGCAGGAUGGGCCUACAAAGGUGGCCGGGGCCUGGGUCAUGUCUGAUCUCGUCAGCCAGGCUUCUGCUGAUAGCCUGGACAUCGCCAUCUCCCUCGCCAACAAUGACUCGUACACUUUUUUUUGCCGCUUCCGGGGAGGAACACAUUUGCUGCACACAGGGUUGACAGGGACCAAUGUUAUGGAUGUCCACCUCCUGAUUCUUCAUCCUCAGUGAUGGCAUCGCUCACCAUGUGAGAGUGUAGAAGAGGCCUUCAAGGGCAGGGCCUCUUAGGAAGGUCAAGGGCCGAUUCCCAGGCCCCACUGUGCCUCAGGACUCCCUCCUCGGUGGCUCCGCCCGCCUCCCUCGGAUCUACUCUAUGCUUGUUCCCCCAACUAGAUUAGAAUAUGGGGGCUUCUUUCUACCCCUAGUUUCUGUCAUGAUAGCAGGUAGCCCUGAGGCCCAGCAGGAGCUUCUUGGCUGGUCACAGUUCUCAUUUUCUCCCUGGAAGCCUUCCUGCCCAGGUCCUCAGCCUGUCUCUUCCAUGGAGCGAAGGUAGGGCACUGAAAAUAAAGAGAAUGUUGUGUGUGUGUGUGGGUCUCA